AUGGCCACGGCCGUGCUCCGCCGUCCACUGCUCGCCGCGCUCCUCCCCGGCGGCGCCGGGGCGUCCGGGCCCUCCUCCCGGUUCCGUAUCCGGCGACGUAGGUCCCCGCCUCCUGCGCGCGCGGUGUCUUCCGACUCCCCCAAACCCGUCGCCUCCACCUCCUCUUCCGCCGGCGGCGACAGCCCCGAGGAGGAGCCGCCUGUCCUGCCGCUCCUCCAGGAGCUCGCGGAUUGCUUGGUUCUUCCGCCUAACUUCCUCGCUCAGCUCCCGCGCGACCUUCGUCUCGACCUCAAUGAUGCCGCGUUUGAUCUCUCCAAUGGGCCAGUCCUUGAUGAGUGUGGCCAAGAAGUGGGUGAUCUGCUCCUGAACCUGGCGAAAGCAUGGGAGUUGGCUGAUACGUCAACAUCAAAUAGCAUCGCCAAGCAGCUGCCGUCGAUGGAGCCCUACUUGACGCGUAGCCAAAUCAGUGUAGCGUUUGGCAAGCGGCUGGGGUCAUCUGGAAGGAGGUUUCAGUCAAUGGGGCAGUACGGCCAGGGAGAAUUCAAGAAGAUUGCUGAAACAAUGAUCAAGAAUGGUAAGCUACUAUCGACACGCCCAGUGGUUCAAUCUGAUGUUCAGGCUAUGAAAGAAAAAAAGAGACUUAAGUUUGGAGAACUUGAGUUCGAAGUGACUGCUGAAAGUGCCAAUAUCGGUGCCGCAGUAGCGGCAAUUUUUGGAUUCAUCUCAUGGCAACUAGCACUAGGCAUGCAAAAUGUUCCUGACAGUACAACGCAAUACGCAAAUGACAAUGCAUUGCAGCUGGCCAAGUCGCUCAAGACCGCACUGCUUGUUCUUGUCUACACAUCUACCGGCUUAUCCUUAUUCGCGGCUUUUGGGCUGCUGUUGCUAGCCCAACAGAUUAACUCUGAGAACAAAUUGGAGUAA